AAAAAGGUAAAACAGAAUGACUUUAUUCAACUCCAAAAAGACAUUCCUUUCCCUUCGAUAUCAAACUUGAAUAUCUAAUCUAACUAUUCACGUUUCUCUCUACAUAUGUUUCAAUUUCAUCUGAAUAUUUCGGAAAACUUACAAUAGAUUGAACAAGAAAAUUUUCAUUAUUCUGAUAUUUUUGAAGCUCACAAGAUCAUGUCUUCUAGCCCUCCAAGAGAAACAGGCAAUGGCGCCAGAAACUACCAGCUCUAUUGGUGUUACCAAUGUCAUCGGACAGUCCGUGCUGCAUCAGACAACCCGUCUGCGGUGACUUGUCCACGGUGCCUCAGCCAGUUCAUUCUUGAAAUCGACAUGGGAAGAACUAGACCGGUUCUUGAAUUCACUGCAUUUGAUCCCUCCCCUGAGGCCCGAAUUCUUGAAGCAUUGUCCCUAGUGUUUGAUCCAUCAAUUGGAUUGCAAAAUCCUGAAACGGACAGAAGGAGGAAUGAUCGAGUCUCUAGGCGAAGAAAUCGUGUUCUGGACGAAAGACAUCAUAGGGAAGGAUCUGAGCCUGCCAACAGAGGGGGCUGGUUAUGGCCGAGGAGAAGAAACAAUUUGUUUGUUGAGAACGGGGAUGAUUGGGGUCCCGAAACUGGGAUUCUAGCCCGUCCUCGGACCUGGAUCUUUCUCAGACCAUCAGGGCCAGUCCCGGCUGAUGACGGGAAUUCACCCCGGGUAAGGCUAAUACCACCUAGGGUGGAUCCCGGGAACUAUUUUGUUGGCUCUGGAAUGGAACAACUUAUUGAAGAACUUACAGAAAAUGACAGGCCGGGAAUGCCGCCGGCACCGGAAUCGGCAAUUGACAAAAUUCCGACCAUCAAAAUUGAACCAUCCCACUUGGCUACCAGUUCAGAAUGUCCAGUCUGCAAAGAAGAAUUUAAAAUAGGAAUGGAAGCAAGGGAGCUUCCAUGCAACCAUGUAUACCAUUCUGAUUGCAUCGUACCUUGGCUGAGGCUUCACAAUUCUUGCCCGGUAUGCCGCCACGAGCUCCCUGUUCCGUUAGAAAGUUCAGUAGACUCAUCCAGCGAUACUCAGGAGGAAGGUGGUCAUGACCAGCGGUGCUGGAGGCUGAGGCAGCUGUGCAAUAUGUGGCCCUUCCGAUCAAGAGAUCGACCUCUUCAUCCAGAUCAUGGUGGCACAAGUACGUCUGAUCACGAUUCCUGGAGGCAAUCUUGUCAUAUUCUUUAGCCCGAAAAUGCGUCAACAGUUGUAUCAAUUCGCUACGAAGAGAAAAGCUAAAAA